AUUAACAGAGAUGACAUUCAACACAAAACUCAGACUCCUCCCUCAUGCGUAUUUCGACUAAUCAAAACCAAAGAACGAGGCAUCCAUCCCUCUCUCCUUCUCUAUGGACGAGACCACUGUCCUUCACCCUCCCCAAGACACCACCGCAACAGCCGCCACUGAUAGCACCACAAACAGUGACUGCACCGCCACCACCACCAAUGGCAGGAAGUCUAAAGGCAAAGGUGGCCCUGAUAAUAACAAGUUUAGGUACAGAGGUGUUAGGCAAAGGAGUUGGGGUAAAUGGGUCGCCGAGAUCCGAGAACCCCGAAAACGAUCUAGAAAAUGGCUCGGUACUUUCUCCACCGCAGAGGAAGCUGCUCGCGCCUACGACCGUGCCGCUCUAGUUCUUUAUGGCCCCAAGGCUCAACUCAACCUCCAACCAUCCACCUCCUCUUCCGCUCAGUCCUCUUCUUCACGAGGCGGUUCUUCUUCUUCUUCCCCCGCGCAGACCUUAAGGCCGUUACUACCUCGUCCUUCAGGGUUGAGGUUCAGCUUUUCACCGUCGGUACCGAUGCUUCAUCCAGUUUCCAUGGCGGCAGGUGCUUCCACUGGGUAUUUGCAAUAUGGGGUUUUCCCGAACGUUGUUGGGCCGGCCGUAAUGUGCCCUAGCUUUGUACAGAAUCAGCCGGCGCCGCCUGCAUUGCAAGUGGCUCAGCAACUGCCACAGCAGCAUCAGUAUUACACGGCGACUAAUGGAAGCGAGACCAGCGGUGGUCGCGGUUCUGGUCCCAUGGAGACAGCAUCGUAUCAAAACCCUAACCCUUAUUAUCAGCAUAAUCAACCACAGCAGCAACUACAACUUGAUGGUCGCUUGUCUGAUGAUGUCAACUCGUUGAUGAAUGCGGUGGGUUCAGGUUUGUCUUUGUCUAGUACUCCUCAGACAGCCGUUGCACCAGAGGGUCCAGAUCCGGUUUUAAUGGUUGGACCCGGAUCACCAUCGGUCUGGCCAUUGACGAAUGAUGAUGAUUAUCCCACAGCUUCCAUUUGGGAUGAUGAGGAUCCAUUUCUCUUCGAUUUUUGAAGUGGAGAUUUCAGAAGUUUCCCUGCAUGCAAGUGCUCCAGGCUUGUUUUGGAAAUCACUGCAGUUUAAUUAUAUCCUGGAAAUGUUGAUCUCCUGCAAUAUUAUGGGGGUUUGGAUGGGAACGAAGAAGGAGAAAAUUAAGUUAUAAUUUCAUGUCAGAUUAUACAUAGAAUUUUGAGGACCUAAAGUGGAAGAUAUAGCAAGAGAGAUUUAUUUCACAGUUGCAUGUUCUGUUUUCAUACUGCAUUCGCUGGAUCGAUGGAAGGUUUUAUUGGCUACUUAAUCUCCCAGAAUCGAUGGAGUUCAGGUAAGGCUAAUAUAAUAUUUUCAGUAUGUAAGAUUGCUAUUAGGAAGUUAAUUAAGAGCUUUUUAUUGAGAGCAUUUAGGAUAGGGUCUUUUCUUUCUAGUGUGUCUUGCAAUUCCCAGGGCGGGGAAGAGUGGAUAAAAUUAGAUAAAGAAUUGAGAAAAUUUCUGCUCUUAAUUUCCAUAUCAAUACAUGCUAUUGAUGAAGGAUAUAUAUGUUUUUCAAUGUUUGAAAUUAAAGAUUGAUAUCCCCU